AUGGGAUCAUUCUGUACAUUCUCAGGAUACCUCGGAGGCGGUGGCAUAGGAUCUGCACUAGGUGGAAUGGGAGGAAUAGGUAAAGCGCUUGGUGGUAUGGGUGGACUUGGAUCAGCUCUUGGCGGGAUGUUGAAGUCGUCUCCAAUAUCAGGCAAAAAAAAAGACGGACCUGCUCAAUCAAUGAUGCCUACGAGUGGUGCUCUAUCAAAUUUGGGAGCAGUCAAAGGUAUCGGCUCAAAAGUGAAAGGACUGUCGGCUACUGUAGCCGGAAUUUCAGCUGGAAUCACUGGUAUUUCAAACGUUGACAACAACCUUGAGAAAAUUGGCGAAGUCUUAGACCAAGAAAGGCUUGGCGUUACAGAAGAAGUCGUUGAAGAUGAUGGAGCAGAAGGAGACGACGGUGAGUCACCAGGUGGUCAAGGUGCAGGUGGCAGCCAAGAGACUUGUGAGUGA